AACCUAACAACAAGUUAUAUUUUCCUAAUUAUUUGGUCACUUGCGGAGAGAUAGUCUCUAUAGUGUGUCACCUAUGUGAAAUGUGAAUAUGUCAGUGUCUUUAAUUAGAAAACUGUAAAGCAGCUCUGCAAUGGGACCUGGUGGAGCUACUGUUGGACACCAUGUGUCCCAAGACCCUGUCGCCCAAAUGAAUACCUUUCGUUCGUACGUGUCUAUGCUUGCAGAUCCAGGCUCCAAAGAUGAAAACAAGCUGAAGGCGGCACAGGCCCUAAGUGAAGAUCUUGAGGCAAUUGUAGCUUCCCCGCAGUAUCCGUCAUUUCUUGAACAUGCUAUGAAGAUAUUUAUUAAAAUUCUUAGUGAAGGAGACCCUCUCUUCAUUUCAGAGUACAAUAUUCAGCAACUUCGAAAAUUAAUCCUGGAGAUGAUUCAUCGUUUGCCAAGCAAUGAUCAACUCAAGGUGUACCUACGUCCUAUCUUGUCUCUUAUGUUUCGUCUUUUGGAGACAGAUAACGAGGAAAAUGUGAUGGUAUGUCUUCGAAUCAUCAUAGAGCUACACAAAACCUUCAGGCCUCAGUUCAGCCCAGAGAUUCAGCAGUUUCUUCAGUUUGUUAAGAACAUGUAUCGAGAUCUGCCAAAUCAUAUGAACAAAAUAUUUGAGCCUCGCACUGUGAUACGAGUGAAUGACUUAUCUGAAGUUAAUGUUGAUGCUCUUCUUCAAGAAACUUUCAGCAUUACUCCAAUCCAUACUGAGAAAAAAUUACAAGAUGGUACAUCAAUAACUUACAACGUGAUACCACGUGCUGUCUUGUCACUAAAGGUGCUGACAGAGUUACCUAUUAUCGUGGUGCUCAUGUUUCAGCUAUACAAGCAGCAGGUUUACCAAGAUGUAGCAGACUUCAUCCCUCUCAUAAUGAACACCAUUGUGCUCCAGCCGCAUGCUCAACACAGGGACCACGAGUCUUUCAACAAGGAAGUUUUUGUGGAUCUGAUUGCUGCUCAGAUUAAGACAUUGUCUUUUCUUGCGUAUAUACUGAAGAUAUACCAAGAAGUGGUGACUCAGCAUUCUCCAAAACUAGUAUCUGGGAUGCUGACCCUCCUGGCACUUUGUCCCAAUGAAGUAGCACACUUGAGAAAGGAGCUUCUCAUUGCCACCAAGCAUAUCCUUGCUCUAGAGCUUCGUAAUAGGUUUGUGCCUCAUAUUGACAAAUUAUUUGAUGAGAGCCUACUGUUUGGACGAGGUUGGACUGCACAUGAAACAUUACGACCUUUGGCCUAUUCUACCUUAGCAGACCUAGUUCAUCAUGUUCGACAACAGUUGGAUAUGGGAGCAUUAACUCGUGCAGUACACCUGUUUUCUAAAAAUAUCCAUGAUGAAACGCUUCCUACCAGCAUUCAAACUAUGUCUUGCAAACUCUUGCUCAAUCUGGUUGAUUGUAUUCGAACCCGAAGUGAUGCAAACCCCAGUGAACCAGGUGCUGGGAGGGACUUGCUCAUUCGAAUGCUUCAUGUGUUUGUCAAUAAAUUUAAGACUAUUGCCCAGUUGCAACUGCCAUACUUGAAAAACAAGCAGCAACAGCAGCUAAAUAUUCUUUCUCUCCAAACUGCUUCACAAAAUAUUAGUAGUAAUGUUAAUGGACCAAAUGCAUCUACUUCCUCUGUUCCAGAGGACAGAAAAGAGGACGUUAGAAUGAGCAUUAAUGAGAGUGACAGUAAAGACAAGGAAACACAGAGGAUUGGUUUUCCCCCAAAUGUGACUGUUAACUAUAGUGUUUCAGAUUGCAGAGCUUUGGUUAAGACUCUUGUUUGUGGCGUCAAAACAAUAACUUGGGGCUGUGCCUCGUGUAAAUCGGCUGUAGACCCAGUGUUAACACUUAACAAAUCAUUCCAUCCCAAAGAAACUCUUGUAUUUAUUAGGUUAGUGAAGUGGGCUAUGCAAGCACUUGAUAUCUACACCCUCAAUGCACCCGGAAAUCAACAACCUACAAGUCAGAAAACGCAGGUACCACAAACUGUUAGAUCAAAAGAAGAAAAGGAGGUCUUGGAACAUUUUGCUGGUGUAUUUAUAAUGAUGAAUCCAUCUACAUUUAGAGAGAUUUUUUCUACUACUAUAGACUAUGUGGUAGAACGAAUUUAUCAUAAUACAGCCUUGCAAAUUGUUGCCAACUCGUUUCUUGCAAACUCAACUACAUCUCCAAUAUUUGCAACAAUACUUGUUGAAUAUUUACUGGGUCAUAUGGAAGAGAUGGGUACAUCAAUGGAUAGAUCACACUUAUAUCUUAAACUUUUUAAACUAGUCUUUGGAUCUGUUUCUCUUUUUGCUGCUGAAAAUGAGCAGAUGCUGAAACCUCACCUACACCAAAUUGUAAACAGAUCAAUGGAGUUAGCAAUGAGCGCCAAAGAUCCGUACAACUAUUUUUUGCUGCUGCGUGCUCUCUUCCGAUCUAUUGGCGGAGGAAGUCAUGAUCUUCUUUAUCAAGAGUUUCUUCCUCUGUUACCAACAUUACUGCAAGGUCUUAAUAGCCUACAAAGUGGUCUUCACAAACAGCACAUGAAAGAUCUCUUCGUAGAGUUGUGUCUCACAGUGCCAGUUAGACUGUCUUCCUUGCUUCCUUAUUUGCCUAUGCUCAUGGACCCAUUGGUAUCUGCUCUUAAUGGCUCACAGACACUCAUAUCACAAGGUCUUAGAACACUUGAGCUCUGUGUUGACAAUUUGCAGCCUGACUUUCUAUAUGAGCACAUACAACCUGUAAGAGCAGAACUAAUGCAAGCACUGUGGAAGACACUAAGGAAUCCCAAUGACACCAUUGCUCAGGUGGCCUUCCGAGUUCUUGGCAAGUUUGGUGGUGGUAAUCGGAAAAUGAUGAUUGAGCCUCAGAAACUAGAGUACAGUGAGCAAGAAACUCCAAGCACCUGUGUCACCAUCCAGUUUUCUGACCACAAAGCACCAAUUACCUUGCCAGCAGAGAAAAUCAUAGAGACAGCUUUCACAGCCCUAAAGACAUCAAACACUGAACCUUGGUACCGUCGUCAGUGCUGGGAGGUGAUCAGGUGUUUCCUUAUUGGAUCAAUGCAGUUUGAUGAAGAGAAACACUUGGUUAAUAAGCUGUUUACACAUCCCAGCUUCAGAGAGGGUGAAAUUUCGACUGUACAUGGCCCCUAUUAUAAGUGCAAUGAUGACCAAGCCCGGCAAGUUCAUCAAAUGGCUGUUACUGCUAUGUUUGUUGCAGCUGCAAUUAAAGACUUACGUCAGAGUGUAUUGCCGACAAUGGUGUCAUUGGUGAGACAUUAUACAAUGGUAGCUAUUGCCCAGCAGGCAGGCCCAUUUAAUAUGAUGGGUCGCUGGAGUAAAGUGCAGGGUAUGGACCCUUUAGUUCUAAUAGAUGCUCUUGCUGUUAUUAUGGGUCAUGAAGAAAAAGAAUUGUGUAAGCCUGGUCAUCUUGCUCUUGUGCUCAUUAUGGAAGCAGCUACCAACAUCUUGGGUACAAAAGAACGAGCAUGCCAACUCCCACUUAUGGAAUAUUUGGUAGAGAAGAUGUGCGGUCUGUGCUAUGAACGAGCAUGGUAUGCAAAGUUGGGAGGCUGUAUUGCAAUAAAGUUUCUUUUUGAACGCAUGGCCCUAAAGUGGGUAUUGGAACAUCAAUUCCCAUUCUUAAGAGCACUAUUAUUUGUUAUGAUGGAUCUCACGGGAGAAGUAUCAAGUGGCGCUGUAGAUAUGGCAAAAAACAAUUUAGAAAGAAUGUUGCGAGUUUGUGGAGCACCACUUGAAGGUGAAAAUAGCACGGAGGAUAUGAGACAAAUUCAAAAUAAAUCACUUCAUGAUGUAACUCAUGAGCUGGUACGUCAGGUUACCUCUCCAAAUACAACAGUAAGAGAACAAGCAAUGCAGUCUCUCCACGUUUUGGCAAAGCUCGGUGGCAAAGGGGUAACCGAAGUUAUGCAACCACACAAAGAUGUCUUGGCAGAUAUGAUUCCUCCCAAAAAACAUCCCCUGCGACAACAACCAGCUAAUGUCCAAAUUGGUUUAAUGGAUGGUAACACAUUCUGUACAACUCUUGAACCAAGACUUUUUACUCUUGACUUAAGUUUGAAUGAGCACAAAUUUUUCUUCACUGAAUUGCAUAUGUUGGUUGAAACUGAAGACUCCUUCUUGGCUAAACUGUCUUGUUACAAAAAUAUUGCUAAUUUGGUACCACUAAGAAAAUCUGCUCUUAAGGCUCUUGCUGCAUGCCAUUACAUUCCUCAGAUAAGAGAGAAAAUUUUUCCGACAUUGUAUAAGGCUUUGAACAAUUCAUCCCAUCCUGAGUUACAGGAGACAGCCUUUGAGUGCUUAAAGAAGUUUCAGAGUGGCUGCCAGAUAGACAUGGAGAUGGUGCAUACAGCAAUGCGGCCCUUAUUGGGACAGCUUUGUCACUACAGGAGUGUCACGCUACCGGUCAUUCACCGUUUAUCAUACUUAACUCAGUUGUUCCCGUACACUUUCAAUGAGAAGCUGUGUGAGCAGCUCACUCAGCAUGUGAAGAACCUUAUAGAAAUGGCCAUUGUAGCAAGAAAACAAAGCACUUCAGUGAGCAAGCAAGAUAAUAAUGAUCUCAAACUUUGUGCAAAUAUUGUUGGCAUUUUCCAUCAAAUCCCAGCAGCCUCUGCACGAUUUGUUGAAGUUUUAUGUAAGCUGGUGUUGCAAACUGAGCGAGCCUUGCUAAUAGAGGCAGGUAGUCCAUUCCGAGAACCUUUAAUGAAAUUUCUCCUAAGAUACCCUGCAGAAACGGUUGAACUUUUCCUUUCUGAUCCUCAUGCACGUGAUCAGCAGUGGGCUCGCUAUUUGGAAUAUUUGGUGCGCCACAAAGAUAAUGCUGCAUUUAGGCAACACUUGCAAUCUUGCAUUGAAAAAUUAUUAAGUGUGGUAAUGGCUAACCCAACACCAGUACAGAUAGCAGGAUUGCAGUCACAGCAGCAGCAGCAGCCUGCUAUUACAGCUGCUGACAGAGCUCAGCUUCAGUAUUUAGGAGUGCGUGUUAUUUUGUUACUUUCUCGUUCUGAUGACCAGUGGCUCUCAUCACAAACUAAAUUAGUUGUGGCUCUCAGGAAUAUAUGGGUGUCUGAUGAAUUCCAAGAAAGACAUCAUUCUGCUGAAAACACUGAUUUUAUGCACUGGAAGGAACCACGUAUGGUGGUAUCAAUUCUUCUGAUGUAUUUCAAGCUUCAUACGGAUGAUAUUAAGCUCCUUUUCCAGCUUUUAAGGGCUUUCAUUGGACGGUUUAUUCCAGACUUCCAGUUCUUAAGAGACUUCCUUGAGCAAAAAGUUGCACAAACAUAUUCUGUAGAUUGGAAAAGAUCCGCAUUCUUUCAAUUUGUUGAAGUCUUUGAGGAUGUUUCAGUUCCACAAGAACUUAAGGCACGAAUCUUGCAGUAUAUAAUCAUUCCUUGUUUGACUGUGAGCUUAGAGUGUGGUGAUGGAGAGAAACUAAUUGGCUAUCCCCCGGCCCCAGAUCAAGAUUACCAUGACAAUGUGGUGUCUGUCUUUAUUACAAGAGUCAUAAAUCCUGAUGAGCCUUUUGUCUACAGUGAUGCAGUGAGAAUUCUUCUUCUUCAGCUUUCGUGUCUCUUGGUAGAGCAAGCAUCAGCUCAUAUUCAUGAUGCAGGUAACAAAAGGCAGGGUCAGAAACUUCGCAGGCUCAUGACCUUUGCAUGGCCUUGUUUACUCUCAAAGAAUUGUGUAGAUCCUGCCACAAAAUAUCAUGGACAUCUCCUGCUGUCACACAUUAUAGCCAAAUUUGCUAUACACAAGCGUAUAGUUCUACAGGUGUUCCACAGUUUGCUGAAAGCACAUGCAAUGGAGGCAAGAUCCGUUGUUCGACAAGCUCUGGAAAUACUCACACCAGCCAUGCCAGUACGGAUGGAAGAUGGUAAUACUAUGCUAACUCACUGGACACGUAAAAUUUUAGUUGAAGAAGGUCACUCUGUGGGACAGCUGGUCCACAUUUUACAGUUGGUGGUGCGACAUGCUAAUGUUUACUAUCCUGUUCGACAUCACCUUACGCACCACAUUACUCAAGCUAUGCAUCGUCUUGGCUUUACUCCUACUGCUAAUUUGGAUCAAAGGAGGCUUGCUGUUGACUUAGCAGAGGUGUGCAUUAAGUGGGAAGAGCAAAGAGUAAAGGAAGAGGUAGAGAGUUAUAAUAGUUGUGAUCCCUUAACUCAACAACUACAACAACCUGGCAGUAUAAAAAGAUCUUCCUCAACUGAUGGACCAGAAGCAAAACGAGCAAGGGUGUCAAUAGGAGGAAGUUCAAGAGGAAGUGUUGAUGUUACAAGGCCAAUGGAAAAAAGUCAUGCGGAUGCUGUGGUAUACUUUUUGCUGCGGUUAGCUUGUCAAGUAAAUGAGAGCACAGCAACUCCUGGCACCGUGGCUCCUGGUGAAGCUUUAUCGCGACGCUGUGUGUGUCUCCUCAAACGAGCUCUAAAGCCAGAUAUGUGGCCCCAUGCUGAUCCCAAAUUGGCAUGGUUAGAUAAGUUAUUCCUAAAUUUGGAAUCUGCGCAACCAAAUCUUACAAAUGUUUGCGUUGGACUGGAAGUUUUCACUUAUCUCAUCGGGACGUUGCGUCGCGAACAGAUCUUGGGUGCUAUGCGUGGUCUCACUCGUGGCCUGGUUGCUUGCAUGACUUGUAGUAAUUCACGUGUUGUGCGACUUACACAUUCCUUAUUGGAUCGGCUUAUGUCAACCUUCCCCACAGAGCCUACUAGUGCUACUGUAGCAUCAAGAUAUGAGGAACUGGAAGACCUAUAUUCAAGGAUAGCCAAAAUUGUUUUUGAGGGUUUGUCAACAUAUGAGAAAAAUGCCACUGCUACUCCGACAUCAUUAUUUGGCACUCUGAUGAUACUGAAGGCAGCAUGCCAAAAUAAUCCUUGUUACAUUGAUAGACUUAUCAUGCCCUUUAUGAAAGUUUUGCAGCGCAUGGCUCGUGAACAUCUGAGUCACACAUCAACGGAUACUAGUUCAGUGGGGAGUGAACUGUUGAUCCUGUCUCUUGAUCUGGUAAAGAAACGUGUUGGUGUUAUGGGUGUAGAAAUGAGGAAGGCUUUCAUUGGUACAAUACUAGUGGGUCUCAUUGAAAAAACACCUGAUGUCAAAGUUAUGAAAGCCAUUACAAAGAUGGUGGAAGAAUGGGUGAAGAACAAAAGUCCAAUAGCAAUCAACCAGGGUCCAAGCUUGAGAGAGAAGUCCAUCCUUCUUGUGAAGCUUAUGCAGUAUGUGGAGAAGCGCUUCUCUGAAGACUCCGAACUCAUGGCUCAAUUUCUUGAACUUGUUAAUCACGUAUAUAGAGAUGAUACUCUCAGAAAUACUGAACUUACAGCUAAGCUAGAGCCUGCCUUUCUGGCUGGCUUGCGCUGUACUCAGCCUCCGAUAAGAGCCAAAUUUUUUCAGGUAUUCCACGAGAGCAUGCGGUCUAGGCUAAAUGAUCGUCUCCUCUACAUCAUCUGCUCCCAGAACUGGGACCACAUGGGCCCACAUUACUGGAUCAAGCAGUGUAUCCAACUUCUUCUGGUGACAGCACUAGCUGGUACCCCAGUACAGAAUAGUUCGCAGCAUGUGCUACUUCCUGGAGUCACAGCUGUAAUAAGCUGGGCUGAUGCAGCAGAAAGAGCCAACUUCUCAGUCUUUGCUAGCAUUAAAGAAGAAGCCAGCGACCUUGACACAGCUCUUGAGUCUACUGUAGACAAGGAGGUAAAAACACACACAAUCAGCUUACCAUUGGAGGAUGAGAUUGACAUUGAACUCUCUUCAGUACCAGCAGACGGCUCCCAGUCCAUUGAUGGCAGUGUUAAACUUCAAGUAAAUCCUAAGGCGAACUUACACCUACUACUGUCCAGACAGGCAAAGUUCAUGGAAGGCGUGAAGGAGGUAUGCAACUCACAAUUCCUGUCAGCAAUGUCGGAACUGUGCCAUAUGGACACUAGUUUAGCAGAGUGGGUGUGGCUUCAUUUCUUCCCAAGACUUUGGAAAAUUCUUAGUGAGAAACAACAACAGGGUAUAGCCAGCGAAGUGAUUCCAUUCUUAUGCUCUGGCUCGCAUGUCAUUCAGAAGGACUGCCACCCAUCAGCGCUUCACACGUUCACAGAAGCUCUUGCUCAGUGCCAACCUCCAAUAACUAUUCGGCCAGCCAUCAUGAAGUACCUUGGCAAGAGUCAUAAUCUAUGGCAUCGUAUGACACUUUUGUUAGAGCAGUUAGCCUUAGAACAGGGAGCCACCACAUCACCUCGUUCUGCUAAAAAGGAUUAUCAUGACACUUAUGAUAUGGAGCCUGUAAUGAAUCCACAACAGGAGAUCCUGGACUCAUUGUCUGAGAUGUAUUCUUUACUGAAAGAAGAGGAUUUGUGGGCUGGGUUGUGGCAAACAGUGGCUCAUUACCCAGAGACUCGACUGGCUGUUACCCAUGAGCAGCAUGGAUUUCUAGAACAAGCUCAAGCAACAUAUGAGCUAUCCAUGUCCAAAGCUAGAACAGAUAUGGCAGUAAGACCUUCACCAGGGAAGCUGCAGUCAGAAAUGAAACUGUGGGAAGACAGAUGGCUAAGGUGUGCAAAGGAAUUAAAUCAAUGGGAUCUGGUGCAGGAGUAUGGUAGCAGUGAGGCUUCUGGUAACCCACUCCUAGUUCUAGAGAGUGCAUGGCGUGUUCCAAACUGGGCUCGCAUGAAGGAAGCUUUGGCACAUGUGGAGCAGUCAUACCCCAAAGAGCUGGCUUGGAAGAUUAACUUGUACCGUGGAUAUUUAGCAAUCUGCCAUCCAGAAGAAGAACACUUAAAACUUGUAGAGAAAUUAGUGGAAGCAGCUACUGUCUUGUGUAUACGUGAAUGGAAGAGGCUUCCACAUAUUGUCUCUCACAUCCACCUUCCAUAUUUACAAGCAGCUCAGCAGGUGAUGGAGCUUCAGGAAGCUUGCCAGAUACACCAGGGCCUGGUGCACGGCCGUACAAACUCAUUACAUGACAUGAAAGCUAUAGUGAAAACAUGGAGAAAUCGUCUACCAGUUAUUGCUGAUGAUCUGUCUCACUGGUCAGAUAUCUUUACAUGGCGCCAACAUCACUAUCAGUUCAUUGUUAAUCAUUACACGGAUUCUGGUGAAAAUCAGAGUAUGCUUGGUGUCCAUGCAUCAGCUCAGGCUAUCAUUCAUUUUGGUAAAAUUGCUCGUAAGCACAACCUUAGCAAUGUGUGUCUGGAAUCCCUCUCACGGAUACACACAAUUCCCUCCGUCCCAGUUGUGGAUUGCUUCCAGAAGAUCCGUCAACAAGUCAAAUGUUAUCACCAAAUGGCAACAGCUACAGGAAUGGGCAAAAAUGAACUGCAGGGAGGACUGGAGGUGAUUGAAUCAACUAAUUUGAAAUUUUUCAACAAGGAUAUGACAGCAGAAUUUUAUGCCCUUAAGGGUAUGUUCUUAUCUCAACUAGGUCGCAGUGAGGAAGCUAACAAAGCACUGAGUGCAGCUGUCCAGCUUCAUGAUACAUUGGUGAAAGCCUGGGCUCUUUGGGGAGACUAUUUGGAAGCUUUGUUUACCCGUGAUCCAACGCACACCAACCUUGGGGUGUUUGCCAUAACAUGUUACCUCCAUGCAUCACGACAUCAAAAUGAAUCAAAGUCCAGAAAAUAUCUUGCAAAGGUACUAUGGCUGCUGAGUUACGAUGAUGAUGCAGGAAGCUUGAGUGAAGCUGUGGACCGGUAUUGUGUGGGAGUGCCAGCCAUACAGUGGCUUCCAUGGAUACCACAGCUGCUCACCUGCUUGGUACGUCCUGAAGGCAAGGUGAUCAUCAACCUCCUGAACCAAGUGGGUCGAAUGUUCCCUCAAGCUGUGUAUUUUCCAAUAAGGACAUUGUACCUCACUCUUAAAAUAGAACAGCGGGGAAGAAUCAAAACUGUAGAUCCAGCUGCUGUAGCUUCCCAAAAAAUUCAGCAGCAGAAUCAACAGCAACAGCAGUCACAAGCACAGCAAACACAGCCUCAGCAGGCACAGCAGAGCAGUCAGCAACAGGCAACAGAAACAGCUGGCUCAAUCAAGGCCACAGAGCCCAUGUGGCGAUGUUCUCGUAUCAUGCACAUGCAGAAGGAGUUGCAUCCUACAGUGUUAGCAUCUUUGGAAGGGAUUGUUGAUCAGAUGGUGUGUUUCCGAGAAUAUUGGGACGAGGUCGUCCUGCGUCAACUGCGACAAGCCCUUGCAAAAUGUUAUGCUGUAGCAUAUGAAAACUCUGCAGCUGUAUCCGAGGCAAACAUAACGCCACACACACUCUCAUUUGUUAAAAAGCUUGUUUCAACAUUUGGCAUUGGCAUUGAAAAUAUCAGCAGCUCUGUAAGUGGUGGAGGACAAUAUGCAAGUGCUGCUUCUGAAUCCUUAGCCAGGCGUGCCCAGGCAACCGUGCAGGACCCAGUGUUCCACAAGAUGAAGGGGCAGUUCACAACAGAUUUUGAUUUCUCACAGUUAGGAGCUAUGAAACUGCACAAUCUUAUUCAUAAACUCAAGAAAUGGAUCAAGAUUUUGGAAGCAAGAGUAAAGCUUCUUCCCAAGUGGUUCCUAAUUGAGGAAAAGUGCCGUUAUCUCAGCAACUUCAGUCUGCAAACUGCAGAGGUUGAACUUCCUGGAGAGUUCCUGUUACCAAAGCAUUCUCACUAUUACAUACGUAUUGCGCGCUUCAUGCCACGUGUUGAUAUUGUACAAAAGCAUGGAACUGCUGCGAGACGCCUUCAUAUACGAGGCCAUAAUGGCAGGGUUUAUCCGUAUCUGGUGGUGAAUGACUACUCCUUAAGUGAUGCUCGUCGUGAAGAACGGGUUCUACAGUUGCUUAGAAUGUUAAACCAUUUCUUUGCCAAACAAAAGGAGACAAGUCGUCGGUUAGUGAAUUUGAGUGUGAGCAGAGUUGUUGCUGUGUCCCCGCAAAUGAGGCUAGUUGAAGACAAUGUGUCGUCUCUCUCCUUGCUGGACAUUUAUAAACUAAGAUGUGCUAAGAGGCAGCUGGAGCCUGACACACCUGUCACUAGAUACUAUGAGCGGCUCGCUGCAGUCCAGGCACGUGGGUCUCAAGCAUCUCACCAGGUGUUGAGGGACAUUGUAAAGGAGGUGCAAAAUGCCAUGGUUCCAAGAACAAUGCUGCGAGACUGGGCAUUAACUACCUACCCUAAUCCUACCCAUUACUGGACCUUCAGGAAAAUACUCACUGUGCAGCUUGCUCUUAUUGGUUUAAUGGAGUAUUUGUUACAUCUGACAAAGCUCUAUCCAGACAUGAUGUACGUUCAUCAAGACUCGGGACUUAUCAAUAUUGCAUAUUUCAAAUUCGGCAUGGAUGAUGCAAAAGGUGAACUGGAUGUCAACCGUCCUGUACCAUUUAGAUUGACACCAAACCUGGCUGAGCUCGUAACUAGUAUUGGAGUAUCUGGACCAUUCACUGCAUCUAUGGUUGCUACUGCACGAUGCUUAGCUACUCCAUCUUUCAAAGUUAAUGCACUUCUUCGAGCUAUAAUGCGUGACGAAAUUAUAACGUGGCAUAAGUUCUCCAAUAUAUUUCGACAGCAGCGUCAAGAGGGAAACACACUUGAAGUCACUCAAGGUUCUGGCCCCAUGGAAGGCGAGGCACUAAUUACACGAGUUAACAAGGCUGUCACUGCAAUUACUACACGUAUCCAAUCCCUUGCAUCUAUUGAUGGUGCAGACAGCAAGGUAACGCAGCUAGUGCGAGCAGUAAACUGCAUAGACAACCUGUGCCGCAUGGACCCAGCAUGGCACCCAUGGUUGUAAACAAUAAUGCCAGUAUUAAUUAUAAUGACAUGCCAAUUUCUUGGUAAGCCCCAGUGGCUUCCUGAAGAGAUGAGGUGGCUCCCAAUUACCAGAUCACAUCAGCCAUAGGGUUCAGUUCAGCCUACCAAGAACCAGAGCCAGAACCCACAGAAGGGACAGACCAACUCCACCGCAUGCUGUACGAAAUUAUCUGAACAGUCCACAAAUUGCAGGACCCGAAGCUGGCAAACCAGGCAAUCCCCUCCCCCCCCCCCCACACACACACACACACACACACUCAUAUAUAUAUAUAUAUAUAUAUA